AUGCGCUCGCAGCACCACUGCUUCGUCAAUGUGCCAAUACCCCGCCACAUCCCUCACCAAACUGUCCUCGACUACAUACAGACAUACGAGCCCGUGUUACGCCACAACCCUGGCAUGAGAUCAUGGGAAAAGUCAGAUUUAGACUAUGCACUCGUCGCCAAUGAUCGAUUCUUCGACUCAUCAGAUCCAGGGCAAAGUCUAUGUUGUUAUCAGGCUUAUGAGGUCAUGCGACUCGGACCGGGGGUUCAGAGGGAUUUAAAAUGGCCGAUUAUCUUCCAGAGAGUGCCGAAUGGAAUUGUAUCGAGGACAGAUGCGCCUGCGGGUGUGAUAAGCUGGACGCAGUGGUAUGUCAGGCCUAGACCCAGUGAGGCAGCGGCGGAUUCUGUUAGCACGCCCAGUACAGCUACACCGUCAAGUUCGGAGGAUGACAACUGGGAGGUAUAUGGGAUUGUGACAAUUGAGGCGCAUAGGAUGUUGAUGCCAUGGGUCGCUACGAAAUCGGAGAGCUAUCAGGUUGUAAUUGGGCAAGGGAUGGUGGAUGAUGCAUGUUCAAAGUUUAGCUCUGGAGAGAUUUCGUGA